AUGUUUUUCGACCGCGGGUCCGACUAUUCCCUAUUACAUCUGACCGUACUACUACUUCUCGCAUCACUCCCCUCAACUAUUGCAGGCCUCCCAAGAUACAAACCCAUCACACGCUCAUGUGGCGCUCGGGACCCAUCGGCGAACCUCACGAAUACACACAGAUGGCUUCAACAGACUGAACCGCUCGAAAAUGACCUCUGGAACGCCACGACCGUGCAGGAACGACAUAUACCCUCCAAUCGUCGCGUCAAAAGACAGGCCCCCUCACCCCUCUAUACGAUCGACACCUACAUGCACAUCAUUGCCGACUCUUCCACGUCCGACCCAAAUGCCCCCAACUACAUCACAGACAACAUAAUCCGCAAUCAGUUCAACUAUCUAGCCAGCGCGUACGACAACGCCAGCAUCGGUUUCCGGCUAGCCGGCGUCGACCGAGUCACGAACGACACAUGGGCUGCGAACGGCGACGACGUCGCAAUGAAGCGCGCCCUGCGUCGGGGCACGUACGCCAGCUUGAAUAUCUAUUACCAAUCUCUGCUCCAGGCGAACGCCAAUACGCCCGGUGUGCCGCAGGGGAGCACGCUGUUGGGGUUUUGCACGCUGCCGGAGGGUGGGAUCACAGCGGGCAUGGACAGCGAGGAGUACGUGUUUGAUGGAUGUAAUGUGCUGAGCGGGACGAUGCCGGGUGGGAGCUACGUCGGGUAUAAUCUCGGCGGGACGACGGCUCACGAGGUCGGGCAUUGGAAUGGCUUGUUGCAUACGUUCACUGGCAAUAGUUGUGCCGCUGACGAUUUUGGGGACUAUGUCGCGGAUACACCGCAGGAACGGACCAGCACAAAUGGAUGCCCGAUCUACAAGGACAGCUGUCCGGCGUCCGGCGUGCCAGAGAUUUAUAACGGAAUCGGAGCCGAGCCAUACGGACCGCAGGGCUACAGCGGGCUGGAUCCUGUCCAUAAUUUCAUGGACUACAGCUCUGAUGCGUGCUAUGCUGGGUUCACACCGGGCCAGGGGGCGAGGAUGUUGAAUAUUUGGAGGAUCUAUAGAGAAGGCCUAUAG